AGUCAUUCAUCCGCGAGCUCGCGAGUCGUGCUCUUCUCCUCGAUUGCUUAUACCUACCACCAACAUUUGGGUCUUCUCCAAUAUCUCCAUCGUCUUUUGUUGCACCUAAGCGGACUGUUCGGUUGAGUGAUAUUUAACACAGUUGGUGAAUUAUUGUCUGUAAAAGUAGAGCGAUUGCGAGCCUGAAGAAAUAUCUAAAUAAAUAAGGUGUCAAGAGGCGCAUGCGUAAAUAAAUGAGGAUUGGCCGGCAAUGACGAGGAUGAUGAGAUGGGCGACAGUUGACGAGGCUGGGUGUGCUGCUGAUCGUGGUGCUGCUGCUUUUGGUGUCUACUGUUUAGCCGCUGCCGCCACCGCCGGCCGACGAUGAGCUCCUAUCCGCGACGAUCGUCAUGCUGCAUGCGCUACUACCUUGUCACUUGCGCCGCCCCCCGUGCUGUUUCUGACUCUUAGUUACUCUUACUCCGCUUCUAGGACUCUUAUCGUGAAAAUAAGAGCGCCAAGCGGAUUGUUUUGCACGCGUGACAAAAGAUAAAAGUGUUUUGUUGGUUUACUUUAUAUACUUGGAAAUAACUCAACUGUUAAACAUUGUGUCAUAUACAUUGUCGUGUAUAUUUAUACUCUACUUUUGAGACGUUAUAUAUUUUAUUAUCACUUUGAUACUCUCUUUUACUUUGGACUGCAUCCUCUUUACACGCUAUUACCUUUUACCGUCCUUUACUACUUUACCACAUUUUAACUGAAUGUGAGAAACGUCUACGCUUUUAUUUCAUCAUUCAAGGGGUUUAACAAGAUGUAUGCUCAGACAACAAGUGUGGUGCUGCCGAUUUUACUCGUGCUUAUCAUCAACUCCGGCACUGGGAUUGUUGGGAAAAAAGUCGCACCACUCAUUGAUGAUGAAUUAACCAAAAGACCGCAUCGACCUGCUGAAUGUACAUUUGGAAAGCAAAUACGAGAGCUGGGAUCUACGUGGUAUGCAGACCUUGGUCCACCCUUUGGAGUAAUGUACUGUAUCAAAUGCGAAUGUAUACCAGUACAAAAAAAACGUCGAAUCGUUGCACGAGUUCAGUGUCGAAAUAUCAAAAAUGAAUGUCCUAAACUGACAUGUGACGAACCGGUACUAUUGCCUGGAAAAUGUUGCAAAUCGUGCCUUGGGGAAUACAGUACGGAAAUUGUCCAGGAUCUGCCAAUGCAGAACGCUGAAGAAGAAGGACUAAAUUUAAAAUAUUUCGGAACACUUAUUAGCGGAAGAACAUCAAAACAAAUUGUAGAUCGUGUCAACGAGUCAUCUAACUUAGCUAACAGCUUGACGACACUUAGCUAUGUUGCAACAGGUCGUUUUACAUUUCAUCGUAAAAAUCUCUACUACUCAUUCUACUUAGGUGCAUCAACACCGCGUCCACGAAGCAUUCAAUUUAUUGAUAAAGUUGGCAAUAUUCUCGAAGAGCAGACAAUUGAUCCAAUAGGUGGAUAUUAUCAAAAUGCUACUGGUAAAUUAUGUGGAGUUUGGAGACGAGUUCCAAAAGAUUAUAAAAAACUUUUACGAGAAGAACAAUUAUAUGUAUCACUAACUUGGGAAACGAUUCAAAAUAAUGAUGCAUCAAGUAUAUUACUAGUUGGCCAACUAUCUCGUUAUAAAGGUCUAUCAACAGAACAAUUUUCAUCACUACUUGAACCUGCCCUUGGUGUUGACAAAUCUUUAAUGUUCGGAUCAGCUGCAACGGCAAUUAUUUCAGUGUCAUCAGCAUCAGCACCAUCAAUUCAUGUGUCUCUCGUUUUCAAUGGUCUCUUUUUGCCAAAUGACAAUGUCAAUGUACCUUUAAUUGUCACAAUUCAACAUCAAGAAAAAGAUUACAUUUUGUUACAGGAAGAAAUCAUUGUCAGUAAGCCAUCAAGUGAAAUAAAUUACGGUCAAGUUCGAAGUGCAAUAACGGCAACAGAUCUUCGAUUGCUUUCAAGAGGUAAAUUAUCAAUCAGUAUUGCGUCCAAGAAGGAUCCUCAGGCACUAAAAUUAACUAAUAGCAUAGGAAUUCAUGCAACCUGUGAUAUAUAUCAAGCCCUUUUACCUUCACCUCCGGAAUCAACUGGGUCAGCAUCUGGAUUAGCUUGGGCUUUCUUAGAUCGUUUUGGAGCACUCAGGUAUGGAGUUAAACUUACGGGUCUUGAAAAUGAAAAUCCUCUAGUCACGUUAGUAGACGAUGGUGGUAAAAGAAAACAGGAAUUAGAAGAUUUAACUCCAAGUCUUAUUGGUGGCUCAACAGCUAAUGGAUCAUUAGAAAGGCCUGGCCCAAGAUUAUUAGAAACACUUUUUAAAGGGGAACUUGCCGUAGUUGCUGCAUCACCAAUGGGAUCUACUUUACGAGGUAGACUAGUUCAACGACCUGUUGCUGAUGCUAAAGACACUUGUUCACCAGCUAUAUUAAAGUCACCGUCAUCAAGUUCUACUGUAGGUUUAAUUUGGCUUGCUAUUGAUAUGGAUUGUGCUCUUCAUUAUGAAUUAGAACUUACAGGUUUGCCUGAUAAUUUAGAGAAACAACAAGAUAAUGAUGAUAAUAAUAAUUAUAAUAAUAAUGAUGUUAAAAGUCGUAAAUUAUAUCUUGAAACUAUGCCAUUACUAGUUCAGGGUGCUCCUGUAUCUCGCCGAUUACUCGAUGAAUUUGAUGGAAACAUUUUAGAAGGUUCUGUCACUGGUUUAUCAUUAAUUGAACUCUUCAGAAUAGACUCUGGUAUUGGAUUUCUUGAAAUUAUUGCUGUUGAUAAAAAUAUCAGUACGAAAUUAUUGAGAACACAAUUCAAAGCACGUGCUCCACUUAGUUGCCUUCCUCAUUAUGCUGACAAUGACGUCGCUUCAGUUUUAGUUUACAAUUUGCAUUCACCAAACUCUGAAAUCGAGUCAACGUCUUGUUUCUAUGAUAGUAAAUUUUACGAAGAAGGCACUCAAUGGACUUCGAAUUCUGACCCUUGUUCUAUGUGUCAUUGUCAUCGAGGAGUAGCCAAAUGUGAUUCAGUACCUUGUCCGCCAUUAAGCUGUCCAAUAAAUCAAAGAGUCAAACCACCUGUUGGCCAUUGCUGUCUAAUCUGCGCCGGACCACAACUAGGUGAUAACUUUACAACCAGUACAGCUAACCCAGUCACAUCAACUGUCAGUUCAAUGCCGAAGAAUAAUAAUGAAUCGAAUAAUUUGUUAGUCGCAAGAGGAUGUAUUCUAGCUGGACAGUUCCAUCCUGCUGGAUCUGCAUGGCAUCCUUAUUUACCCCCAUCAGGAUUUGACACUUGUGCUAUUUGUACUUGUGAUCCGAUAAGUCUGGAAGUCCAGUGUCCUAGAGUUCAAUGUCCUGCACUUGAUUGUGACGAGAAGACAGCCGUGAGACCCGAUAAAAAAGCUUGCUGCAAGCAGUGUCCAGUAGUGAGUGUGAUUCCGAUAUCAGGAACUCAAGGACCAGCAGUCAACAGCGACCCUUCUCUUCCGCAAGAUCAAGCUUCUGGGACACAUUCUCUUAUACCAAAACGAACACCCGAAGACAUUCUAGCCAAUGGUGGUUGCAGAUAUCCAGUAGGUGGACCUUAUGAAAAUGGCAAAGAUUGGCAUCCUAAGAUUCAUUCUCAUGGAGAAAUAAAAUGCGUCAAAUGUCGUUGCAAGAAUGGAGAAGUCAAGUGUGACAGGAAACGGUGUCCACGAUCUCUUUGCAACUCAAUAGUAAAUCAUUUAAAAAAAGGGGAACGUAUUCCGGAAGCAGAUGAUUGCUGUACUACACAAUGUAGACGAGCAAGAAGACACCAUCGAAGCCACCGCAAUCACUAUCAUCACCAUCAUCAUCAUCAUAACCGUAAUCAACAGCAACAACGUUCUUCUUCAUCUUUAUCUACACUAUCAUCAUCAUCAUUAUCAGCAACAGCAUCCUCAUCAUCAUUAUCAAAAUCAUCUAAACACCCAAUAAAGCCUCAAGAUCUUAGCUGAGAUCAUUUAACUUAGACUCAGUAAGACAAACAAUCCAAAAUACUCUAUUGUAAUUGUUGAAUUGAACACUUGGGUUAUUGCACUUCCUUUGUAGAAAAAAAAGUUCUUAAUAAGAGAAAUAAAAAAAAAAUGAGAAAAAGGAAGUGUAAUAAUGCGAAUUGAAUCAUAUUCAUUGGUUGGGAUUGCAAUUGUCUGACAAAACGAAUGACAUCUCGAGGAGGGUAUAGAAGAAAAUUGUGAUAGAUGUGUAUGGAUAAUAUUAUCAAUUGCUUUGCUCUUUACUGACCAAACUGUUUUUAAUUUAUCAAUUGGAUUCUAUCAACAGCAAGCAAAACGGAAGGACGUGGUUUAAUGAUAUUUAAGUAUGCAUAAUAUGAAAGGGAAUAAUCAUAGAUGUGAAAGGUGUAGAAAAGCAAUAAAUUGCAAUUGACACAAGUAAGUAUAUGCAAGGGUUGAGAUGAGGAAUAACAAUUUUGUUUAUUAGUGUUUAUAUCACUUACCCACCUCAACGAGUUACCCAACAACCAAAGAAGACUGAAGAACCUCGAUGGCAGUACGGUUAUCGUUAUUCAAUUGCUAAUAUUCAUUAUAUUCAUAAACUAUUAUUAUUAUUAUUAGUUAUUCUUAUUAUUAAAUUCAUAAUUAAUGAUAUUAUCAUCGUCAUCAAUAUUAGAAUUUUCUUUAUAA